AUGGAUUCCGCAGCAGCUGAGGCUGCGGGCGCGGCGCUGCCGGCGGCGACUGCGGGCAGCAAGCGGGCGUCGGCUGAGAAGCCGCCGCGGCGGAAAAAGGCUAAGGCCGAGCCUGCUGCUGCUGCUGCUGCUGCUGCUGCUGCUGCAGCAGCAGCAGCAGCAGGAGAUGCAGCAGCUGCAACGCCCGCGCGAGAACUGGUGCUGGGGUACAUGCGGCAGCAAAACAGACCCUACAACCUGCAGCUGAUUUUCGACAAUUUGCGGCGGGCAGUGAAGAAAGCUGAACUUGAAAAGCUGCUGCAGCAGCUGGUAGAAGAAGGUUUUCUUAUUUCGAAAGAUCUUGGAAAGACUCGCGUCUUCAUGUACGCCCAGAGCCACUUCGGCGCUGCAGCAGCUGGCAGCAGCAGCGAAAUGGCAGCAGAACUUUCAGAACAACUCAGGAAGCAAACUGCGCUGCAGCAGCGCCUCCAAGAUGCGCAGAGCCGCGGGGCGCAGCUGGAGAGUUUGAAGGCCAAAGUUGCUGCAGCUGAGGCCGAGCGCGCCGCGAGGCUGCAGCAGGCGCAGCAGCAGCGCGGGGCUCCUGCUGCAGUGACAGCAGCAGAAGCCACUGCUGCUGAGCUGCUGCAUGCGCAGCUGCAUGCAGCCUGGGCGACACAAAAGCGCCGCUGUUUGCUGCUGCUGCAGCUGCUGGCUGAGAGGGCCCAGACGGACCAGCAGCAGCUGCAGCAGCAGCUCGGCCUCGAGAGAGACGAGGACUUCAUCCCUGCAGAGGCCUAUUCAAAUUACGCCUGA